CUCAUUGUGCGGAGUGAUCUGAUGCGGACUCCACCCAGCCGCUGCCUCACUGCCCUGCCUGGCUUUCUUUGCUGCCCCAGCCUUGGCGUUGGAGAACGUCGAACUGUGGCUUAGAUUGGAGACUCUAAAUUCCUCCUCAACUUUUCUCCGAUUUGCCUCCCUACCUUUUUUUGCCUCCCGACCUUCUGAAGCUGUAGGUUUUUUUUUUUUUUUUUAAAUAUAUAUAUAUAUUUCAUCCGUUUCUUCAACAUGUCUUGGCAAAGCUACGUGGAAAACCUGAUGGCCGAUGGCAGCUGUCAGGAUAGCGCCAUUGUUGGGUAUACGGACGCCAAAUAUGUUUGGGCAGCACAUGCCGGUGGUACUUUCAACAGUAUCACGUCUCAAGAAAUUGACGUCCUUAUUGGUAAGGACAGGGAGUCCUUUUUCACCGGUGGUCUGACUCUGGGCUCAAAGAAGUGUUCAGUCCUUAGAGACAGCCUCCUGGUGGAUGGGGACUGGACGAUGGACAUGAGGACAAAGAGCCAAGGAGGAGAGCCUACAUACAAUAUCUCUGUGGGAAGAGCCGGAAAAGUUUUGGUUCUUGUAAUGGGCAAAGAAGGGGUCCAUGGAGGCGGAUUGAAUAAGAAGGCUUACUCAAUGGCAAAAUACUUAAGGGAUUCAGGGUUUUAAUGAUUUCAAGCUCGCUUAGAUAAAAAUUUGAGGGACAAAAAGAAGAGAAAAGAAAUGUUGCUGUUAAGAUUUCUCCUGCAAGCAGUCAAAUGUCAUGGAAACUUUUAAUAGCAAUGAAGAGUGGUAAGAUACUGUGUCACCUUUGUUCCCCCUUCAUCCUGUGGAGGGGGGGGCAACUCUUCAGUUUUGUUCAUUUCUCUUUUUUUCCUUGUGUGCUCCAGUAUUGGUUGUAGUCAUGGGAAAGGAGGCGAUCCAUGGUGGAAAUCUUAACAAGAAAGCACAUACAAUGGCUGACUACCUGCGGAAAAGUGGAUAUUAAGCAACCUCUCCACGCAUCCAUCUACUUAGCAGCUCACUCCCACUCACCGCAUUGUGUUGACACUACUUCCAGGAUUAGAUGGCAUACAAUGUUAUAUCCUCCCCAGUCUACUUUUAUACAAAGCUUUUGUUUGCUUAAUGCCCUUUAUCCUUUUUUAUUUCCUUUUUUUUUUUUCCCUGAAACCCACCCCGCUUAACAUUGUACUUCUCAUGUUUUUGGCACUACAGUAAUGGCAUGUUCAAUGAAAUGGAUUAAAGGUUUAUUAACCAAAAAGCGUGCAAAAAAAAGAUCACUAACUGUAAUAAAAGUGUGAAAAAGAUUUGGACUUGCCUUGCAUAAUAUCCUCUUAGCAACCAGCUAAUAUUCCAAGGGAAGUACACAUGUAAUAGUGGUGACAGUUUGGAUAGUUAACCUUUAAGAGAUGCCAGGUUCCUUUUUAUUUUCCAUCAGCAUGUUGGCAUUGAAAAGUUGCAUGCAUACCCCCUUUAGCAUACAGUUCCCAGACCUUUUCCCCUUCUGUGUUCAGUCGUAAUAUUCCAGCCAAAACCAUCUUCUCAUCUGCCUCCAUCCUCAAGUCUUCGUAGACUCUGAAGAAUCAUUUUCCUCUGACAAAGUCCUUCUGUGUGUACUAAUUUGUCUCCCUCAAACUCCUCCCUUCUUUUACCCUCCAUUACAUGCUUUUGCUGUUGUAACUGAAUGUGGUCUUACAAAGUUGAUGAUGUGGUGUCGGGCUGUCGUUUGAGUGUAGUGUUAAGGUCAGCAUCGCCGAGGUCUCCACACCUCCUGAUACUUCAUCACAUCCGGAGUCCCCAAGCGGACAUUCCACCACUGUAACAGUUCAGAUCUGUCCGUCAGCUCCUGCUCUCUGUAAAUUUCGCUGUAAAUCACUACACCGUUCUGUUUACUCCCCUCCCAUUCGGACCAAUUGUCACAAAAAGAGGAUUUUCAGAAUUACUUCAGCUUAUUCUGAUGGAUGAUUGUUGGCAUCACAUGUUGACUGUAACUCAUAAAGACAACUUCAAAUGACUGUAAAACAUUUAACUGCUUGUUUAGACUUUAACACUACUUAAACCGUUCAUCACUAAUUGAGUUCCGCUAACUUCAUGUUCAUUAAGCUAUGAAACAGCAAUGUCAUUUUACUACAGUAUGAAUGCAUUUUGACUGUAAACCCAGGCUGUUGGACUCCAACACCAUGGAAUUCUUUGCCUUGUGCUUUAGUCAUCAAAGGUGUAUUCACAAAUUGUCAUAGUACGGUACUUAGAAGUAUAUUUAAAAGAAAAUAAAUGAUGCUGUGUACACUAAACAUAUUGAAAAUGGUGUUGGUUGGAAUAAGAACAUUUGUAAGUUGUCUUGUGAAAAUUUUCUGAGAAUAACUGUGUGUUCUGUGCCAUAAACUCAAUCUGAUCUGUUGCUACUGCGAGUUGGAUUUUUAACUGCUGCCCCACCAAGAAGUAACUUUUAAUGGCACUUUCCUACGGGAUAUUUUGGCAUCAGUAAUCUCCAGACUUUGUGGAUUAUGUACAGAAUUAAACUACAAAAAAAAAAAAUAAACCUUUGCAAUAUUCCGUCUUUUUUUGGGGGGUAUUCCUUCUGCCACAGAAUCUGCUAUUUCAAAUGCCAUGAAUUGAUGAGACCUCUUGUUUACAGACAGAUCAAAUAAAAGUUAUUCCAACCAGA